AUGCUGCAGACUCUGUGUUGUGAGAUUGUGAAACGGCACACAGAGAGGAGUGGUGACUAUUCUUCCAAAGGAUUACCAGCUUUUAUCGCUCAACUCAGCAGUCUUUUAACUAGCACUAGCCCCACACACUUCUCCGCCAAGAUGGGGAGGCGGCGCUUCUCCGGGCUGGAGAUGUCCCUCAUCAUCAUGUUCCUUUUGAUGACGAUUGCUUGCAUCGCUCUCAUUGCUCUCUUUGUAACAAGCCAAAGGGAAACAAAAAUUGUUCCUACUUGUCCUAUCAUUCUUCAUGCUGAGAGAGUGGACUGCUUCCCAGAUGCCGGUGCCUCCAAGGAAAAAUGCGAGGCGCGGGGCUGCUGCUGGAGCCCCCUGGAUGAGAGGAACGUCCCCUGGUGUUUCUUCUCAGCCAAUCAUGGAUACUCGUUGGAAUCUCUGGAUCAAUCAAACCCUAAUGUGAUGAAAGCAACUCUUCGUAGAAUGCCCUCUCCAUCUUUGUUUGGGGCAGAUAUUGAGGAGCUGGCAAUUCAAGCAGAAAUGCAAACAUCCAAGCGGCUUCAUUUCAAGAUCUACGAUGCCAGAAGGCAAAGGUUCGAGGUCCCCCAUGAGCACAUCAAUAAACUCAACUACCAGCCAUCCAGACCCCAUCCCGACAUCAUGCAGAUCACGCACAAGCCCUUUGGCAUCACUGUACGCAGGAGGGAGAACAAAAAAGUCCUGUUUGACACCACCAUGGCCCCCCUGGUGUUUGCAGAUCAGUACCUGCAGAUAUCAGCCAAGCUGCCAUCCCAUAAUAUUUACGGCCUUGGAGAGCACGUGCACAAGGACUUCCGCCAUGACACCAACUGGAGAACCUGGCCCAUUUUCACCAGAGAUGCUUUUCCCAAUGGGAUGUUGGAAGGGUUAGGGAUGAAGAAGGAAGAAGUUGAAAGAAAUGAAAGAUGCAGGAAGAAGAAGAAGAAAGAAAAGGGAAGAAGGGGAAAGAAGAAGAGGGAAGAGGAUGAGGUAGAAGGAGGAGGGAGGAAGAGGAAGGGGAAGAAGAAGAAGGUGAAGAAGGGGAAGAGGGGGAAGAAGGGGAAGAAGAGGAAGAAGGGGAAGAAGAGGAAGAAGGGGAAGAAGAGGAAGAAGAGGAAGAAGAGGAAGAAGAGAAAGAAGAGAAAGAAGGGGAAGAAGAGGAAGAAGGGAAGAAGAGGAAGAAGGGAAGAAGAGGAAGAAGAGGAAGAAGGGGAAGAAGGAGAAGAAGAGGAAGAAGGGGAAGAACAGGAAGAAGUGGAAGAACAGGAAGAAGAGGAAGAAGGGGAAGAAGAGGAAGAAGGGAAGAAGAGGAAGAAGAGGAAGAAGGGGAAGAAGGAGAAGAAGAGGAAGAAGGGGAAGAACAGGAAGAAGUGGAAGAACAGGAAGAAGAGGAAGAAGGGGAAGAAGGGGAAGAAGGGGAAGAAGAGGAAGAAGAGGAAGAAGGGGAAGAAGGGGAAGAAGGAGAAGAAGAGGAAGAAGGGGAAGAACAAUGUUGGAAGGGUUAGGGAUGAAGAAGGAAGAGGAAGGGGAAGAAGAAGGAAGAAGAAAGAAAAGGGAAGAGGAGGAAAGAAGAAGAAGGGGAAGAAGGGGAAUAAGAAGAAGAAGAGGAAGAAGGGGAAGAAGGGGAAGAAGGGGAAGAAGAGGAAGAAGAGGAAGAAGGGGAAGAAGGGGAAGAAGAGGAAGAAGGGGAAGAAGGGGAAGAAGAGGAAGAAGGGGAAGAAGGGGAAGAUGAAGUAG